UACAGCCUGGGGUGCCUGGAGGCUUCUGCUUCUGGAAGCUUGGACUGACAGUCUGGCUUGCAGUCUCUUCAGUCGUGAAAUAAAAGCUGAGGGUCCUUGAGCCCUGGGCCAGGGCAUCAGGAGCAGGCCUCCCAGCCCUGGGCUGAGGAGCGUUGAAGGAGGAGCAGCCGUCUGACCGCUCGUGGUCCCCAGGUUCCUGUGGUGGCGCUGCCAGGCCCCAGGCCACCUUGUCAACCUCCAUAUCAUGGAGCCUCCUGGUGAGAAGCCAGGAGAGGCCGAGGGGCUGCGCAUCACACCCCAGCUGCUGAAGUCCCGCACGGGCGAGUUCGCCCUGGAGUCCAUUCUGUUGCUGAAGCUGCGAGACUUGGGGCUGGUGGACCUGGGCUGCCUGGGCGAGUGCCUGGCCCUCGAGUGGCUGGACCUGUCAGGCAACGCCCUCACCCAGCUGGGCCCGCUGGCCGCCUUGCACCAGCUGGCCGUGCUCAAUGUCUCCAACAACCGGCUGACAGGGCUGGAGCCCCUGGCGGCCUGUGAAAACCUGCAGAGUCUCAAUGCAGCGGGCAACCUGCUGGCCACGCCGGGCCAGCUGCAGUGUCUGGCUGGGCUCCAGGGCCUCCAGCACCUGCGGCUCCAGGACCCACUGGCCCGACUCAGCAACCCGCUGUGUGCCAGCCCCUCCUACCAUUCUGCGGUCCGAGAGCUGCUGCCUGGCCUGAAGGUCCUAGACGGGGAGCGCGUGAGCGGGCGCGGCAGUGAGUUCUACCAGCUGUGCCGAGACCUGGACAGCUCCCUGCGCCCCAGCUCCAGCCCAGGCCCCCGAGCCUCGGAGGCCCAGCCCUGGGUAGAGCCUGGGUACUGGGAGAGCUGGCCCACCCGGAGCAACUCCAUCCUGGAGGAGGCCUGCCGGCAGUUCCAGGACACACUGCAGGAGUGCCUCGACCUGGACCGCCAGGCCAGUGACCGCCUCGCGCGGGCCCAGCAGACGCUCAGCCCUGCUGGGGCCGCUUCUUCUGAAUGCAGCCCAGGCCCAGGAGCCCGGCACUUCCCUGCUCUGCACUUGCCCGGCGCCCUGCACCCCCAGCUGUUCCUCUCUCCCUGUCCUGAGCGCAGCCUCUCGGCGGCCCCCUGAGGACACUGCCCCCCACCCCCAUGUAGGUGGGGUGCACCCGGACCUGCGUUCACAGCCGCUCCGUGGCCAGCUUACUUCUCAUCUACUCUCAUUAAAUGGCUUUGUGUUUAUCUGCAUCGCCGCCUGUCACUCAAGUCCGGACCAGAGGCUCCACUCACCCCAUUGUUUCUUCCUGGGGGUCCAGCAGGAAGGGGCUUGCAUGCCCCCCGCCCCCUCACACCACCCUCCCCCUUUCAGCUGGCCUUAGUAGAUUGAGCUACAGAAGAGCAACACAACAGAGCAGGUACUGACGACUCUUGGUGUGAAAAGGUGACACCUCUCCCUGCGGAUCCUCCCCACUCGCAUCUCCUGCUUAGCAAAGCAAGGAAGACAGUUUGAGGUCCACUGCUGAAAGCCGGCGCUGUCGGCUGCUCAGACCAGUGUGAUCGACGUAGAUUCAGAACUGUGAGAUGGGCCUUCAACUUGCACGUUUGUUUGGCCACCAAACCCUGUUGAGUGGCUACUCUGAGCAGCACCUUUCUAGACACUGGCUGUACUGUGAGCCACAGGCUGAAUCUCUGUCUAGGUGUGAUUUAUCUGUGGUGGGGAGCUGAAAAACAGCCAUGUAAAUG